AUGGAAGCAGAAACGGGGAGCGGCAUGGAGACUGGGAAAGCGGCCAACAGAGGCACUCGAAUCGCCCUGGCGAUGUUCAUCGGUAGCACCCUGGUGCUGGGCACCGUCCUCUUUCUAGUGAGUCAAGGUUUUUUAAGUCUCCAAGCUAAACAGGAGUACUGCCUGAAGCCAGAGUGCAUCGAAGCUGCUGCUGCCAUCUUGAGUAAAGUAAAUCCAUCUGUGGACCCUUGUGAUAAUUUUUUCCGGUUUGCUUGUGAUGGCUGGAUAAACAGUAAUCCAAUUCCUGAGGAUAUGCCAAGCUAUGGGGUUUAUCCUUGGCUGAGACAUAAUGUCGACCUCAAGUUGAAGGCACUUCUGGAGAAAUCGAUCAGUAGAAGGCGGGACACCGAAGCCAUUCAGAAAGCCAAAAUCCUUUAUUCAUCUUGCAUGAAUGAGAAAGCGAUUGAAAAAGCAGAUGCCAAGCCAUUGCUACACAUCCUGCGGCACUCGCCUUUUCGCUGGCCUGUGCUCGAGUCUAACAUCGGUCCUGAAGGAGUUUGGUCAGAGAGGAAGUUCAGCCUUCUGCACACACUCGCGACGUUUCGUGGUCAAUACAGCAAUUCUGUAUUCAUCCGUUUGUAUGUGUCCCCUGAUGACAAGGCCUCCAAUGAACACAUCUUGAAGCUGGACCAAGCAACGCUCUCCCUAGCUGUGAGGGAAGACUACCUUGAUAACAGCACAGAAGCCAAGUCUUAUCGGGAUGCCCUUUACAAGUUCAUGGUGGAUACUGCCGUACUUUUGGGAGCUAAUAGCUCCCGGGCAGAGCAUGACAUGAAGUCGGUGCUUAGAUUAGAAAUUAAGAUAGCUGAGAUAAUGAUUCCACAUGAAAACCGAACCAGUGAAGCAAUGUACAACAAAAUGAACAUUUCCCAACUGAGUGCUAUGAUUCCCCAGUUUGACUGGCUGGGCUACAUCAAGAAGGUCAUCGAUGUCAGACUCUACCCUGACCUGAAAGACAUCGGCCCCUCAGAGAACGUGGUGGUCCGCGUCCCGCAGUACUUUAAGGACCUGUUUCGGAUACUAGGCUCUGAGAGGAAGAAGACUAUUGCCAACUAUUUGGUGUGGAGGAUGGUUUAUUCCAGAAUUCCCAACCUUAGCAGGCGCUUUCAGUAUAGGUGGCUGGAAUUCUCAAGGGUGAUCCAGGGGACCACAACUUUGUUGCCUCAGUGGGACAAAUGUGUAAACUUCAUCGAAAGCGCCCUUCCUUAUGUUGCUGGGAAAAUGUUUGUGGACGUGCACUUCCAGGAGGAUAAGAAGGAGAUGAUGGAGGAGUUGAUUGAGGGUGUUCGCUGGGCCUUUAUUGACAUGCUGGAGAAAGAAAAUGAGUGGAUGGAUGCAGGUACCAAAAGGAAAGCCAAAGAAAAGGCAAGAGCUGUUUUGGCAAAAGUUGGCUAUCCUGAGUUUAUAAUGAAUGAUACUCAUGUUAAUGAAGACCUCAAAGCAAUCAAGUUUUCAGAAUCGGACUACUUUGGCAACGUUUUGCAAACCCGCAAGUAUUUAGCACAGUCUGAUUUCUUCUGGCUGAGAAAAGCUGUGCCAAAAACAGAGUGGUUUACUAAUCCAACAACUGUCAACGCCUUCUAUAGUGCAUCCACCAACCAGAUCCGGUUUCCAGCAGGAGAGCUCCAGAAGCCUUUCUUUUGGGGAACAGAAUAUCCUCGAUCUCUGAGUUAUGGUGCUAUAGGAGUGAUUGUUGGACACGAAUUUACACAUGGAUUUGAUAAUAAUGGUAGAAAAUAUGAUAAAAAUGGAAACCUGGAUCCUUGGUGGUCUCUUGACUCAGAAGAAAAGUUUAAGGAAAAAACGAAGUGCAUGGUAAACCAGUAUAGCAACUAUUACUGGAAGAAAGCUGGCUUACAUGUGAAGGGGAAGAGGACCCUGGGAGAAAAUAUUGCUGACAAUGGAGGCCUGCGGGAAGCUUUUAGGGCUUACCGGAAAUGGGUAGAUGACAAAAGGCAGGGAGUUGAGGAGCCUCUUCUGCCAGGUAUCACGUUCACCAACAACCAGCUCUUCUUCCUGAGCUACGCUCACGUAAGGUGCAAUUCCUACAGACCAGAAGCUGCCCGAGAACAAGUUCAAAUUGGUGCUCACAGUCCCCCUGAGUUUAGGGUCAAUGGUGCAAUUAGCAACUUUGAAGAAUUCCGGAAAGCUUUUAACUGCCCCUCCAAUUCCACGAUGAACAGAGGCGCGGACUCCUGCCGACUCUGGUAG